AUGGGGAUUCCAGUAGAGACGGAGGAGCAGAAACGAGCACGUCAUGAGCGGUUAUUUAGACGGCUAGAUGUCGAUGGGACGGGGGAAAUUCGGUACGAGACAUUGAAGCGAGCGUUUGAGCGGGAAGACCAUCCUUUGAAGGAUAACAAGGAGGCGAUCGAGGCGAUUUUCAAGUCUUUGGAUUGUAAUAAGGAUUCGGUGAUUGAUUUUGGUGACUUUGAGGCAUAUGUGUCUGUGGCGGAGGUUCAGAUAAGACGAGGGUUUGACAAAAUAGAUGUAGAUGCGGACGGGAAAAUCAAGGCGGAGGAGUUGUCGAAUUAUUUGAGGGAUCUUGGAGAAGAUGUUCGGCAGGAAGUAGAUGCGGAGGCGCCGAAGGGGAACCGACUAACGAAGUUUAUACAGUGGGCAUUUUUGAGGCGGAAGGAGGAGGAGGCUGUUGGUAAUAGUUGUAAUAGUAGUAGUGGUAAUAAUGCGAGGGCGGCUGCGAGGACGGCGUCCUCGCAGCCGCCCUCGCGGGUGCCGUCGCCGUCGCCCUCGUACAUCACGUACGAUCAAUGGAGAGACUUUCUUAUCUUUAUGCCGCGUAAGGAAGGUUCAAGGUUGCAUACAGCAUAUUCUUACUUUUAUUUAUUCAACGAAGAUGUGGAUUUGUCCUCUGAGGGCGAUAUGACGUUGAUCACCGAUUUUAUCGGUGGGUUCGGGUUCUUCCUUGCAGGGGGGUUUUCCGGUGUGAUAUCGCGUACGUGCACAGCGCCUUUUGAUCGUAUUAAAGUGUUUCUCAUCGCUAGAACAGAUCUAUCGUCGACAUUAUUGAAUUCUAAGGAGAAACUGCUUUAUAAUAACCCAAGAGCAGACCUGUCUAAAAUCCGUUCACCUCUCGUUAAAGCGGCGCAGUCUUUGUAUAGACAAGGAGGUCUACGUGCAUUUUACGUGGGAAACGGUCUCAAUGUCUUUAAAGUGUUCCCGGAAUCGGCCAUGAAGUUUGGUUCCUUCGAGCUGGCGAAACGUCUGCUGGUUCAAUUGGAGGGGGUUCAUGACACAAGCCAGCUAUCCAAAUUCUCAACGUACAUCGCCGGUGGACUGGGUGGGAUCGCGGCACAGUUCUUCGUAUAUCCAAUAGACACUUUAAAAUUCCGUGUCCAAUGCGCGCCCUUGAAUACGACACUGAAGGGCAUGCCAUUAUUAACCAAAACUGCAGGAGAAAUGUACCGUGAAGGUGGCUUGAGGUUGUUCUACCGAGGUCUUGGAGUCGGCAUCAUGGGGGUAUUUCCUUACGCCGCUCUAGAUUUGGGCACCUUCUCUGCCCUUAAAAAAUGGUACAUCGCCAAAAAAGCAAAAACAUUGGGCAUUCCAGAAACUGAUGUGGUUAUUAGUAACUUUGUUGUUUUGCCAAUGGGUGCAUUCAGCGGUACGGUCGGCGCUACUGUUGUUUAUCCGAUCAAUUUACUGAGAACUAGAUUACAAGCUCAAGGGACUUUUGCACAUCCGCAUAGAUAUGAUGGUUUCAAGGAUGUCUUCCUCAAGACAAUACAGCGGGAGGGGUUCCCAGGAUUAUACAAGGGAUUGAUACCGACUCUUGCUAAGGUUUGCCCAGCGGUCUCCAUCAGUUAUUUGUGUUACGAGAACUUGAAGAGAGGCAUGAAGUUGGAAUGA